GUCUGAAGUGAAAGGAGAAGAAGAAAGCGAGCUGCUUCUCCGUGAAAACCUUUCGGAAGGUCUUAUACACACAUGAUUCUUCAAAGUAUCCGGCGUUUACCUUGAUGACGCUUUGCACACUACUGGCAUUAUCUUAACCAGCUUCAUGAGGUGGAAUGCUUUUCAGUUAACAGCUGUGGCUCUUCAAAAGAAUUUCUGGUCUAGAUAUGAACAGCACCCUGUUACAAGCUGAUGUCUGGAAGAAGCCCUAGUAGUGAGGAAAAGACUUCUGGUAUUAUCUCCAAAAAUACAACUAACAGAGAAAUGCCUAAAAUAAUCGACCUCAACUCAAACUGUGGGAAGAGUUUUACGCAAACAGAUCAUCUCCGAAAACACCACUGCGUCCCUACAGGAGAGAAACCGUAUCAAUGCUCACAGUGUGGAAAGAGUUUUACUCAACAGAGUAGUCUCCAAAUACACCAACGCAUUCACACAGGAGAGAAGCCAUAUCACUGCACGCAAUGUGGGAAGAGUUUCACUCAGAGGGGCAAUCUUCAACAACACCAACGCAUUCACACUGGAGAGAAACCGUAUCGCUGCACGCAGUGUGGAAAGAGGUUUACUCGACAAAGUACUCUACGCCAACACCAGUGCGUUCGCACCGUGGAGAAGCCGUAUCACUGUGCACAGUGUGAAAAGAGUUUCACUCGACAAAGUACUCUACACCAACACCAGCGCAUUCACACUGGAGAGAAGCCACAUUACUGCACACAGUGUGGAAGGAGAUUCGCUCACCAAAGUACUCUACAGCGACACCAGCGCAUUCACACUGGAGAGAAGCCGUAUCACUGCUCGCAGUGUGGAAAGAGUUUUUCUCAACAAAAUCAUCUACAGCGACACCAGUGGAUUCACACAGGAGAGAAGCCUUAUCACUGCUCGCAGUGUGGAAAGAGUUUUACUCAACAAAGUCGUCUACAGCAACACCAGCGGAUUCAUACAGGCGAGAAGCCGUAUCACUGCUCUCAAUGUGGAAAGCGUUUUACUCACCAAAGUCAUCUACAGCAACAUCAUUGGAUUCACACAGGAGAGAAGCCGUAUCACUGCUCGCAGUGUGGAAAGAGUUUUACUCAGCAAAGCACUCUUCAACAACACCAGCGCAUUCACACCGGAGAGAAGCCCUAUAUAUGUUCGCAAUGUGGAAAGAGUUUCACUCAGAGGGGCAAUCUUCAACAACACCAGCGCAUUCACACUGGAGAGAAACCAUAUCAUUGCUGUGAGUGUGGGAGGAGUUUCAAUCGCAAAAGUCAACUCCAACACCAUCGGUGUGUUCAUUACAAGCUGAUGUCUGGAAGAAGCUCUGGUAAUGAGGAAAAGACUUCUGAUAGUAUCUCCACAAACCUCACUAACAGAGAAAUGCCUAAAAUAAUCCACCCUGACUCAGACUGUGAGAAGAGUUUUACUCAAACAAGUCAUCUCAGAAAACACCAACGCAUCCCUACAGGAGAGAAAUCAUAUCAAUGCCCACUGUGUAGAAGGAGUUUUGCUCAACAGAGUCAUCUGCAAACACACCAACGCAUCCACACAGGAGAGAAACCAUAUCACUGUUUGCAAUGUGGAAAAAGUUUCACACAGCAAAGUACUCUACAACAACACAAACGCAUUCACACCAGAGAUAAACCAUAUAUCUGCUCACAAUGUGGAACGAGUUUCACUCAGAGGGGCCAUCUUCAACGACACCAGCGCAUUCACACUGGAGAGAAACCGUACCACUGCACGCAAUGUGGAAAGAGUUUUACUCAACAAAGUGCCCUUCAGCGACACCAACGCAUUCACACGGGAGAGAAGCCGUAUCACUGCUCACUGUGUGGAAAACAUUUUGCUAACAACACCACCCUCCAGAUUCACCAGCGCAUUCACACUGGAGAAAAACCGUAUCGGUGCUCUCACUGUGGAAGGUGUUUUACUGAGUAUGGUACUCUCCAACGACACCUGCGCAUCCACACUGGAGAAAAACCAUAUCACUGCUUAGAAUGUGGAAAGAGUUUUAAACAACAAACUGCUCUCCAGCAACAUCAACGCAUCCACACUGGAGAGAAGCCAUAUCACUGCACGCAAUGUGGGAAGAAUUUUAAACUCCAAACUGCUCUCCAGCAACAUCAACGCAUCCACACCGGAGAGAAGCCAUAUCAUUGCACACAAUGUGGGAAGAAUUUUAUUCAACUAGGUCAUCUCCAACAACACCAGCGCACUCAUAAAGGAGAGAAAGCAUUUGAUUCCACAGUGUGGGAUGAGUUUUACUCAACAGAAUCAGUUCCAACAUCAGUGCAUUCAGUGAUGUACUCCGCAACACCAAGACAUGAGCCAGAAAGCUAUAACUUGGUCACAACUGGGUUUUCCAGCAGGACAGUGAUCCAAGUCAAACCUCCAACGUUUAAAGGGGGGAAAAAAAAGGCUCAAAGAGGAAAUGGGGAAAAAAUUCCAACAAAGUAUUAUAAGAAGCUUGUGGAUGGCUACCAAGAAUUUGAGUCAAGAUUUUCUGGUCUAGAUAUGAACAAGGCCCUGCUACAAGCUGAUGUCUGGAAGAAUGAGGAAGAGACUUCUGAUAGUAUCUCCGCAAACCUCACCAACAGAGAAAUGCCUAAUAUAAUUCACUCUGACUCAGACUGUGGGAAGAAUUUUACUCAAACGGAUCAUCUUGGAAAACACCACCACAUCCCUACAGGAGAGAAACCGUAUCGAUGUUCACUGUGUGGAAAGAGUUUCACUCAACAAAGUAGUCUUCAAACACACCAGCGCAUCCACACAGGAGAGAAGCCGUAUCACUGCACACAAUGUGGAAAAAGGUUUAAUCAGCAGAAUUCUCUCCAGAAGCACCAGCGCAUUCACACAGGAGAGAAACCGUAUGGCUGCUCGCUGUGUGGAAAGAGUUUUACUCAACAGUGUACUCUUCAACGACACCAGCGUGUUCACACUGGAGAGAAACCGUAUCGCUGUUCGGAAUGCGGGAAGAGCUUUACUGAAAGAGAUGAUCUCCAACGACACCAGCGCAUUCACACAGGAGACAAACCGUAUAUCUGCUCGCAGUGUGGGAAGAGUUUCACACAACAAAGUCAUCUACGGCAACACCAGCGUGUUCACACCGGAGAUAAACCCUAUCAGUGUUUGGAGUGUGAGAAGAGUUUCACUGAGAGGAGCCAUCUUCAGCGACAUCAGCGCAUUCACACAGGAGAGAGGCCGUAUCACUGUUUCCAGUGUGGAAGGCGUUUUAUUUCCCGGAGUAUUCUCCAGCAACACCAACGCACUCACACAGGGGAGAAGCCAUAUCACUGUAUGCAAUGUGGAAAGAGUUUUACUCAACAAAGUACUCUACAACAACACCAGCGCAUUCACACUGGAGAUAAACCGUAUCACUGCUGUGAGUGUGGGAGGAGUUUCAACCGCAAUAGUCAACUCCAACGCCAUCGGUGUGUUCAUUUAGGAUAUUUUUUCACUCCACAACAGCCUGUGGCUAGUAAGCAAGAGCGAUAUGAAGAAAAGUCAUCUGAUAAUUGGAGAUUUUCUGGUCUAGAUAUGAACAAGGCCCUGCUACAAGCUGAUGUCUGGAAGAAUGAGGAAGAGACUUCUGAUAGUAUCUCCGCAAACCUCACUAACAGAGAAAUGCCUAAUAUAAUUCACUCUGACUCAGACUGUGGGAAGAAUUUUACUCAAACGGAUCAUCUUGGAAAACACCAGCGCAUCCCUACAGGAGAGAAACUGUAUCGAUGCUCACUGUGUGGAAAGAGUUUCACUCAACAAAGUAGUCUUCAACGACACCAGCGCAUCCACACAGGAGAGAAGCCGUAUCACUGCACACAAUGUGGAAAAAGGUUUAAUCAGCAGAAUUAUCUCCAGAAGCACCAGCGCAUUCACACAGGAGAGAAACCGUAUGGCUGCUCGCUGUGUGGAAAGAGUUUUACUCGACAGUAUACUCUUCAACGACACCAGCGUGUUCACACCGGAGAGAAAUCAUAUCAGUGUUCGGAAUGCGGGAAGAGCUUUACUGAAAGAGAUGAUCUCCAACGACACCAGCGCAUUCACACAGGAGACAAACCGUAUGUCUGCUCGCAGUGUGGGAAGAGUUUCAAACAACAAGGUCAUCUACAGCAACACCAGCGUGUUCACACCGGAGAUAAACCCUAUCAGUGUUUGGAGUGUGAGAAGAGUUUCACUGAGAGGAGCCAUCUUCAGCGACAUCAGCGCAUUCACACAGGAGAGAGGCCGUAUCACUGUUUCCAGUGUGGAAGGCAUUUUAUUUCCCGGAGUAAUCUCCAGCAACACCAACUCACUCACACAGGAGAGAAGCCAUAUCACUGUAUGCAAUGUGGAAAGAGUUUUACUCAACAAAGUACUCUACUACAACACCAGCGCAUUCACACUGGAGAUAAACCGUAUCACUGCUGUGAGUGUGGGAGGAGUUUCAACCGCAAUAGUCAACUCCAACGCCAUCGGUGUGUUCAGUAACAUCAGUGGGGGAAAAACUUCAUUUAUCUACUUUUAUUCAAGAGCACAAAGACACAGCCAAUAGCCAAUUAUACAAACCUCAAGAAUGUUCAUUUGAAUUUUAGCAUUUAGGCUUGAGAUUUAAAUUAGGAGUGGGAAGAUUGAUCGGUUUUAGAUUGGAAUGGGCCAAAAAAUUGGACUAAAUAUGGGAUCCGUGAUUAGGCCAUAUUUAUUUUAUCUGACCUAAUAUAAUUAACAUGAGUCAGAGCUUGCUGUGUGUGCUGAGGGUUGAAUGGAAAAACCCACACCUGCAACCACCACCUCUGUGAGAUUACAGUAUGCAUGUAACAUUCCUGCGUUGCAACAAUCAUUUAACAAUUUGCUGCUAUUUUUGGCAGAAAGCCUAUGUAAAAAUAUUUAAGGCCAAAAGCAUAAUGUGUGUUGGUUACAGAAAUUAUUUUAACUGACUGCACUGUAUCAGCAUUGUAGAAUGCUGAUGAGGCCAUCUCUAAUUUAAAUGAUUUGGUAAAUAGUGGUGUGUAGUUCACAGACAAGUCAUUGCUUUUGAACAACUCUUCAGUGAAUCAUUUAUACAAGUUCAUUUAUUGUUCACAUGAAUUGUUCAUACCAGCACAACUGAGUUUUGUUUUUUUUUCUAAUUCAGCUGCUCCCAGUCAAGUGCAUGCAAUCGGUCGGAAACCUUUGGUAUCACGACAUAGUGUGCACAGCUAAUAACAAACAAACAGCAAGAACAUGUGGUGCGUCUCUCUCUGUCUCGUAUAUUGCUGCAGUGAUAUGGCCACUCGGAUGGCCACAUAGCUGAAAGCUUUUUUCCAGCCAUCAAAGCUUCUAGGGAACAUUACAGUAGUAGUUUCCCGUGACCUUCAACUGGAUUACUAUAGAGGGUUUUCUCCUCUCAACUAUUCAUACCUAUGAGCAAUUUAGAGUAGCCGGUUAACCUAACCACGUCUUUGGACAGAGGGGGAAACCAGAGCACCCAGAGGAAAACAUGAGGUUUGAACCCAGAACCUUCUUCCCAUGAGGCAAAAGAGUUAACCACUGCACCACAGUGACACCUUCCACAUGGAUUAAUACACCCAAAAAAUAGGUUGCAGUAAUGUCAGUCUUUUAAGAAUAGACUAAAGCUACAGUCAAAUCAAGUUUAUUUGUACAG